AUGUUCAUAUCCUUUAUUGUCUCUCUUGUAGGAAUUUUAGCUUUAUCAAAUGCUGAGUUACUAUUUGUCUCUGAAAUCUCACGUCACGGGAUUAGAGCACCAGGAAUAAUUUAUGACUUGGCGAAAGAUCCAUCUGAGAAUUUCCAAAUCCCAUAUAAACUUUCUCCCAGUGGACAAAGGCAGCACUACCUCAUCGGAGCAGAAAUCAGGAGGAGAUAUAUGGAAAAUGAGCCUAUAAUCUCUAAGAAGUAUAAUAACACAGAGGUAUUCUUUAGAUCUUCGAACUCCAGACGCACACUUGAAAGCUUGGAGAGCCAACUAAUCGGCCUUUAUUCCCCUGAAGACUGCUAUGAGACUCUUAAUGACUUCCAACAGAACAAAGCGAUACCUCCCUUUGAAUUUGAAGGAAUGGAUGAGAUAAUAGAGGAAGAAGGAAGUUCAGCCCUACCAAGCUGUCAUUCCUUACCCCCAAUAUUUUCAAGAAAUCGGUACUAUGAUUUCAAGUUAUCUAUGUUUACCGCCAUAUGCCCUGUAUAUAAACUUAUAAACGAUGAUUUAAAAGAUAGUAGGAAGCUGAAGGUCAUACAGCAGCCAUAUGUAGAGCACCUGAACAAAUUACUUAAGCCAAUUAUUAACGAAUCCCUUACACCUGCUGAAGCUCUUACCUACUGUAAGUACCUGAUGAAUGCCCGUAUACAUAAUAUAGAGCUUGUGCUAAAUUAUACUUCUGAAGAUAACGCCCAAUGCUUGGAGCUCAUAGACACUCAGCUAUUCUACGAAGUAUGGGGUAAUAAUAUUCUCUGGAAGCUCGGCUCUAAAAGAUUCUUAGAGCAUCUUUUAUACUCAAUGGAGGAGAUACUCAAGGGAAAAAGCGAAGAAAGACUACAUAUUAAUGUUGGCCAUGACAUGACUCUUGCCCUGGUUUUGAAUGGGCUGGGAUACCAGAUAAGAACCCAACCUCCCUUCGGCUCAACUCUCUUCUUUGAACUCAGAUCAAAGGAUGAUAAAUCUGGUUAUUAUGUUCGAACUCUGUAUAAUGAUGAACCCAUCACCUUCGGCCAAUGUGAAGAACAAGAAGGUUCUCUGGAAGGCUGCAGCUUCGAGGUUUUCAAGAAAAAUAUUGAAGACAGAAUGAUCAAGGGGAACAUCUACGAAAUCUGAGGAGAUGAUGAACAGCUCAAAAAAAUUGAAGACAUUUUCUCACAUUACGAACUUCUUGAAACUUCAGAGCUAGAGUUCCUCAAAUAAGCCUAUCAACUUUUA